AUACAUUACUAUGGAGUAGAAGCAUUUGAUGACCCAAACUUCAAUCUUAGUCCUUUUUUUUACCCAGCUGCUAAAUUCAUCAGAGCUGGACUAAACACACUUGGUGGUCAAUGAAACUUUGAGAAGCUUUCUACACCAGGAACAUUAUAGUGACAGCAAUGUCCUCUGGAGGUACAGAGAUUUGCAAGAAAAGUGCCUAUGCAGCUGUGAAAGUGGAUCCCAAUGAUGAUUACAUUACUCCAGGGGCAUUUGAACUGGAGCGACUCUUCUGGAAAGGCACUGCAAAAUUUGCUCAUGUUAAUGAAGUCUGGCCAGAUAUUUACAUAGGAGAUGAAGUAACAGCAUUGGAUCGGUAUACGAUUGAAAAGAUGGCUUUCACUCACGUACUAAAUGCAGCCCAUGGUCGCUGGAAUGUGGACACAGGAGAUGAAUACUAUAGGGGUAUGCCUAUUGAUUAUUAUGGUGUGGAGGCUGAAGAUGUGCCAACGUUUAAUUUAAGUGAAUUCUUCUAUCCAGCUGCCCAGUAUAUCGACAAUGCACUAAGCACAUCAGGGGCUAAGCUCCUAGUCCAUUGUGCAAGGGGCCGGAGCCGAUCAGCAACACUUGUCCUGGCUUACCUGAUGAUCUACAAGAAUAUGACAGUGGUGGAUGCAGUUCAACAAGUAAUUAAACACCGGUGUAUUUUACCAAAUCGUGGCUUUCUGAAGCAACUAAGAGCUCUUGACAUAGAACUGGCAAUGGAAAGAAGUAUUGCAAAGAAUAGCACCAGCGCAAGUGAUGGAAAAGAAACCUGUUAACAAUUCUUUUAUUAUACACAGACAAUAUAACAUUUUUAUAUAGAAAACCACAAUCAGCUGUAAAUA